UAUUCACCAGCCCAUGCUUAGACUUUUUUGGAGGAAGUACAAAAGGCAGUGUGCUAGGAAUUUUUUUCUUUUCUUUUUUGCAAGUCUAGUAAAAAUAAAAUCCAGCCAAUGGCAAGCGUUCUUGUAACAAAAUGUAUUUCCAGGAGAUCCUGAUAGGAUUACAGUUUACAGUAAAACUUUGAUCAUGAACAACUUAAAUAGCUUCAUUGAUGAUGAAUUCAAAGACAACAAAACAUUCUCAUUGUCAGAUAAGAUGACUUUUUCUGGACUCACACCAUUUGAAAUUAGUGAACCAAACAACAAGAAAAAGACUUGCCGAUGCUGCAUUUGGUCUCUACUUAUAAUAUAUUUGGUUAUACUCACAGGAGGCAUGGGACUGUUGGCUUAUAAAGUCUCUACGAUGCACAAAAUUAUAAAUAGCAUGCAAGACGGCAGAACAGCAAAAUCAGUGUAUCAUCUUGCCAAUGCCUCCAUUGAAAUCAAUCCUCAGAGUGGUCAAGAAAACUGGAUCCACAAUUUAAAACAAGAAUUUUAUGUAAUCAAAUUGAGCAACCAACAUUUACAAUGGGAAAUGGCGAACAUUACAGAUCAAAUUAAAAGUAACAUGACUCAAGGAAUUGCAGGACCUCCUGGUCCCAAAGGAGAAACGGGAAUUCCAGGAAGAAAAGGUGACCAAGGAGAUAAAGGUGAAAAAGGAGACAUUGGUUUAACAGGAAUGAAAGGAAACCAGGGAACAAAUGGAAUCGGACUUCCUGGACCCAAAGGAGAACCUGGAGUUCCAGGAAUACAAGGAUAUGUUGGUUCCCCAGGAGAAAAGGGUGAUACAGGAGCCAUGGGACCAAUAGGGACAAAAGGAGAGCAAGGUUUACCAGGUUUAUCUGGACUAAAUGGUGAAAAGGGAUCAAAAGGGGAUCUUGGGCCUGCCGGACUAAAAGGAGAACCAGGAAUGAAAGGAGAAAUGGGGGAGAUGGGAUCUCGUGGCUUACCAGGAUCGAAAGGAGAAACUGGUGAAAGCGGAAUCAUGGGCCCAAGAGGAUUAACUGGUCAUACAGGAGAGAAGGGAGAGAAGGGAAAUCAAGGUCAGGAUGGUCCACAAGGUUUCAACGGUCCUCCUGGACUACAAGGAGAUAAAGGUGCUACUGGAAAUGUGGGUCGACCAGGAGCUCUUGGCCCAAAGGGUGAAAAAGGGGAGACAGGAGCAGCAAGUCAAGUUCCAGGCCCACGAGGACAAAAAGGUGAUCAAGGUCAAAAAGGUAGUAAGGGAGAUACAGGAUCACCAGGAGCACAAGGUUCUAAAGGUGAAAAGGGCAUCUCAGGAUUCGGUGCUUUCCUGAGACUCGUAGGACAAGACAACCGUGGCCGUGUGGAGAUUCUGCACAACGGGCAAUGGGGCACCAUCUGUGAUGAUCAUUGGGAUGUGAAUGAUGGCCAUGUGGUUUGCCGUAUGCUGGGGUUCAGUCAAGCUGUUAAUACCUUCACUGCACCUGCAGGAUCUGGACAAAUCUGGCUGGAUGACGUGCAAUGUUCAGGAAAUGAACUCUCCAUUUAUCUGUGCAGUAAACGUGAAUGGGGUGAAAACAACUGCAGUCAUAGUGAAGAUGCUGGGGUUGAGUGUGCUUAAGGCAGUUUUGCAGCACAACCUGUAAAAUAGUAUUGAAAUAAGCAUCUCAGUCUCAUCAUGUGGUGUGUAUCUUACUGAUCAGUUACCUAACGCUCAUUGUCUUCUGUUGCAUCAAUGUAUUUUUAGGUUCUUCUUUGAUCAGAGCCAAUUUUAAGGAUGUACUUGAUGUAUCUAGGCUCAUAGGUACACUGAGGAAUGUUUUUAUGUAAAAAUCCCAUAAAUUGUAUCUCCAUUCACCUGGAUGAAGGAUCUAUUGAUACAAUUGGACUUCCUGAUAAGAAGCACAUGUGGAAGAUACAUACCACAACACAAUGAAUAUCUGUCAAGUUAGAUUUCAUCUUCAAUAAAGUACAAUGGCUUUGCUAGGUUCUUCUGUAGAUAAAACAACUAAACUUCACAUCAUUGUUUUAUAAAGCAGCUGGGAUUCCAGGAAACGUUCACAGCCUUUUUCACCUGAAAUAAAACUUUACAAAAAAGAA